AUGCACUCCGCAGACUUCGCCGCCGCCCAGCAACGCAUAGCAGCCCGCCGCGCACAGCGCGCGCUCCAGCAGCGCAAUCACCAUGAGCCAUCACGCCCUGCCCGCGCUCUCGCACGCCUUCCUUUCCCCUUAAACGCUGUCUCCUCGGCCGGAUUCAAUGUUUGGGACGCGAUCAAGGGCCGCUCGGGAACGCGCCCAGAGUUCCGUGUCGGCCAGGUUGAUGCCGAACUCCUCGACGAGGAGCUGCUGACGCUACUCAAAGACCAAGUCGGCGAGGGUCUGAAGUAUUUUGGCUCACAUGUCACCGAUAACUACUCGGCCGAGAUCCUGCUGCUGCUGCGCGCCGUACUGUGGAAGCUGAGCAUUUGGGACCAGAAUGCCAGUUACGGCGCCCAUUUACAGGGGCUGCGCUAUACCGAUGCCCGCAGCAGUGCCCCCAAUCGCCCGCCCCCGAAGCCCUGGCAGAAGAUUGCCUAUGGCGCCAUUACUGUCGGUGGGAGAUAUGCGUGGACAAAGUGGGAGGAGUACCUCUUGUCCACGUCCGAAGACUACACACGGCCUGAAUCCGCGCGCCUCAAACUGCUGGGCAGAUUGAGUGAGUUGGCUGGGAAUGCGCACGAUGUGCUCGGUCUUGCCAGCUUCCUCGUCUUCCUCGUCGAUGGUCGCUACAGAACAAUCACCGACCGUCUCCUCCGGUUGCGAUUGACCCCCUCGUCGCACUCAACCUCCCGCGAAGUCAGCUUCGAGUACCUCAACCGCCAACUCGUCUGGCAUGCCUUCACCGAAUUCCUACUCUUCCUCCUCCCUCUAGUCGGCAUAUCACGCUGGCGCCGCAUUCUAAGCCGCACCUUCAAGAAACUCCGCGCAACCCUCUUUUCCCUUAUGGGAAAAUCCACCACCUCCUCCACCGAAGACGAUGAAGCCAAAACCUCCGGCGAACUCGGCUUCCUCCCUGAACGCACCUGCGCAAUCUGCUACCGCGACCAAAACCCCACCACCGCCACCGAGUCCGACAUCAUGGCCUCGUCAGCCGGCGGCGGCGGCGUCGUCGGCAGCGCAGCAACAGACAUCACAAACCCCUACGAGUCCACCUCGUGCGGCUGCAUCUACUGCUUCGCCUGCCUCGCCCAGCGCAUCGCAAACGAAGAAGGCGAAGGCUGGACCUGUCUCCGCUGCGGCGAAAACAUCACCGCAUGCAGACCCUGGAACGGCGAUAUCAUCGAAGAGCAGCCCCGGUUUACCCCUGCGUCCUCGCAUGCAGAGGAGCAUGAGCGACCCAACACUGCGAAAUCUGUAGGCUUUGCGCGCGCGUCGCCUGACGAGGAUGAUGAGAAGACGCUGCUUAAGGAGGUGGAACCCAUGCCUGAGCAAGAUCACAGUGAUGGAGAGGGCUUACUCGGUCCGUCGACCACGCAAGCUCGCGCGCUGGAUCUCGGCGAAUCACUCUUCACGGAGACGUCGGAGUGGGCGCGUGCCAGUGAGGCUAGCAGUAGCAGCGAGGAUGAGCAGAGCGAAGAGUACGACGAGGAUGAGCAGGAAGAAGGCGAGGAAUUGGGCUUUUAUGAUCAAUGA